GCUGCCAUGGGGCUCCGCAGCGCCUGAGCGCCCGUCCCCGGGCACCGCUCCGCACCGCUCCGCACGGCCCCGCACCGCCCCGGCGCCAUGGGCGAUGUGCUCUCCACUCACCUGGACGAGGGCCGCCGGCAGCACAUCGCAGAGAAGACCGGGAAGGUGCUGGGGGAGUUUGCCCGCUGCUACAAGGAGCAGUACGGCGUAGCGCUCUUCAACAGCGUCCGCUAUGAGAUCGAAGGCAACGGGGGGCCACAGGCGCAGCUGCUGCACCGCAAGGUCCCGCUGGAGGACCACGUCAUCUACUCGGGCAACCUCUUCCAGUACAUCGAGGAGAACAAGAAGUGGAGGAACCGCUUCUGCGUGGUGCCGCACAACUACGGCUUGGUGCUCUACGAGAACAAACUGGCUUACGAGCGGGAGCUGCCGCCCCGCGUGCUCAUCAACAGCGCUGGCUACAAGGUCCUCACCUCCGUGGAGCAGUACCUGGAGCUGGUGAGCAGCAGCCUGCCUGGCGUGACGCCCAAGUCGGGGAACGCCCCCAUCGUGAAGUGCCCCACGGAUUUCCCCCUGAUCCUCUGGCACCCCUACGCCCGGCACUACUACUUCUGCGUGAUGACGGGCAAGGAGCAGGAGAAGUGGGGGGCGGUUUUCCAGGACUGCGUGCGGCACUGCAACAACGGGAUCUCCGAGGACUCCAAAGUGGAGGCCCCAGCCUUCACCGAUGCCGUCCGCAUGUACCGCCAGUCCAAGGAGCAGUACGGCACCUGGGACAUGCUCUGCGGCAACCAAAGCCAGGUGCUGAGUAACCUGGUGAUGGAGGAGCUGCUCCCGGAGCUGCGGAGCGCCAUCGGCCCGCGGCUCAAGGGCAAGGCUCAGGAGCGCCAGCGCACCUGGAUCCAGAUCUCGGAUGCCGUGUACAGGAUGGUCUACGAGCAGACCAAGGCCCAGUACGACGCCAUGGUGGCCAAGUGCGAAGUGGAGCGGCCGCAGAUGGAGAGCACCAUCCGCACCGACAUGGACCAGAUCAUCACCUCCAAGGAGCACCUGUCCAGCAAGAUCCGAGCCUUCGUCCUCCCCAAGGCGGAGAUCUGUGUCCGCAACCACGUGCAGCCCUACAUCUCCUCCAUCCUGGAGGCCCUGAUGACCCCCACGAGCCAGGGCUUUGCCGAGGUGCGGGAGGUGUUCUUCAAGGAGGUGACGGACAUGAACAUGAACAUCGUCAACGAGGGCGGCCUGGAGAAGCUGGUGGAGUACAUGGAGAAGCUCUCCCACCUGGCCUUCCACCCGGUGAAGAUGCAGUCGUGCUAUGAGAAGAUGGACCAGCUGAAACUGGAGGGCCUCCAGCAGCGGUUCGACGUCUCCAGCACCUCUGUCUUCAAGCAGAGGGCCCAGAUCCACAUGAGACAGCAAAUGGAUGACGCCGUGUACACCUUCGAGACGCUGCUGCACCAGGAGCUGGGGAAGCUGCAGGGCAAGGACGACCUCUGCAAGUCCAUCCAGCGCAUCCUCGAGCGCGUGCUCAAGAAAUAUGACUACGACAGCAGCACCGUGCGGAAAAAGUUCUUCAGGGAGGCCCUGCUGCAGAUCACCAUCCCCUUCCUGCUGAAGAAGCUGGCGCCGACCUGCAAGGGGGAGCUAGCCAAGUUCCAGGAGCUCAUCUUCGAGGACUUCGCCAGCUUCAUCCUGGUGGAGAACACUUACGAGGAGGUCGUGCUGCAGUCGGUGAUGAAAGACAUCAUGCAAGCUGUGAAGGAGGCGGCGGUGCAGCGGAAGCACAACCUGUACCGCGACAGCAUGGUGAUGCACAACAGCGAUCCCAACCUGCACCUCCUGGGCGAGGGCAUCCCCAUCGACUGGGCCGAGGAGCACGGCGGGCAGCCCGAGGCCGAGCCGGCCGCCGACAAGCGCCGCAGGGCCAAGCAGGUGGUGUCGGUGAUCCAGGACGACGAGGGGGCCCUGCCCUACGAGGCGGGUGCCGAGGCGCUGCUGCCCCCCAGCUCCCCAGAGCCGCAGGAGCCGGAGCCCGCGGUGCCGCCGGGGUCCCCAGGCGUGGUGGCGGAGAUCAGGGAGAUGCUGGCGAAGGAGAGCAUGGAGGAAGCUGCCGGCGGCCAGGCUGAGGAGCGGCUGACGAACGGUACCCACGCCACGCGGCAGAGCGGGGCCACCGAGGAGGUGGUGGCAGCGGGGUCUGCGCCGGGAGACGGCCCCCCGCGGGGUCCGGCCAGCGAUGGGGAUGGGGCGCGCUGUGACGCACCGGUGUCACCUGCAUCUGGGGCCGGGGUGCCUUUGGGAGACAAGGUGCACCACCCCACAGAAUCCCCUACAUCUGGAGCUGAGAGCCCAUCAGGAGAUAAGGUGCACCAUCCCACAGCACCGUCACCUGCACCUAGAGCCGAGAUCCCAUCAGGAGAUAAGGUGCAUCAUGCCGCAGCAGCAUCACCUGCAUCUGGAGCUGAGAUCCCAACGGGGGAUAAGAUGCACCAUGCCACAGCAGCAUCACCUGCAUCUGGGGCCGGGGUGCCAUCAGGAGAUAAAGUGCACCCCACAGCAGCAUCACCUACAUCUGGAGCUGAGAUCCCAACGGGGGAUAAGAUGCACCAUGCCACAGCAGCGUCACCUACAUCUGGAGCUGGGGUGCCAUCAGGAGAUAAGGAGCACCACCCCACACCAUCACCUGCACCCAGAGCCGAGGCCCCAUCAGGAGAUGAGGUGCACCACCCCACAGCAGCAGCAUCACCUGCGCCCGGAGCCGCGGUCCCAUCACCGCCCGCCGGGACGGAUUGCCACCAGCCCGGUGACAAGGAGACGGGCGAGGAGGUGGCCCCCCCGGUGGCUUGCAGCCCCCCGCAGCCUGCGGGCACGACGGAGAGCGUUGUUGAGGGGGUGCAGACUGAGUUCUAGCCCUGUGCCCGCCGUGGACUGGUCCUGGGGCUGCUGGGGCUGGAGCGGCGCUGCGGGAGAGGGAGGGGAUGGGGAACACCGAGGUCACCCAACCUGGGGGGUCCUGCUGCUGCGCGGCUGGCCGCCACCCGGGGGGGCCGGCUGGGGCCUGGCUCAGCACAGGGCACCCGCUGCACUCUGCUCUGUCCUUCUUCUGCCUUAUUUCCUUCUUUUCCACUGGAGAGAUGCUUUAUCUGCCCCCCCGCCCCCCGGCCGAGCUCACAUGCCUGGGGCUGUCUGGGGGGGGGGGCUGGAACCCCGCUGCCUGCGGGAUGCUCCCAGCUGCUGGCCCCCAGCAGCGGGGACCGUCCCCUGCCCGCAUCCGUGGGGUUUUCCUGAGAGCCUCCCCACGGGGAGCGUCUCCCGGGCGGCCUCGUGCCGUCACCGGCACCGAGGGGAGCGAGGGCUGCAGGGGCGGGUGGGCAAAAACGGGACGGCGAGGGCUGGGGGUGCCGCAGCUCUGCGCGGGGGUGAAGGGCGAGAUGAAGCCAGGAGCACAGGGAUGUGUGGGGCAGGAGGAGAAUUGCGUGGGGGUGCCGGCACAACAGCUGCUGGCCCUUUGGGGGGCGAGGUGUGGGGCUGCCUAAGGCCCCCAGGCUGCUCCGCACCCACCCCAGGGCUGCUGUCACCCCGUGCCCAGGCUUGGCUGGGAGUUAGGGAAAGCUUUUUUGGAGGGGAGGUGGCAGCGGUGCGACUUCAGCCUUGGCUGGCUGCUGCCUGGUUCCCAGCUGGGCAUCGCCAGAGGGCCCCCCCCCCCCAGCCUCCAGCCCUCAGCCCUCCCAACAGGGGGUUCUGACAGCAGCCGGGGCGGGGGGGGGUGGGCGACGACCUGGGGCUUCGGCAGAGGUUGGCAGCAGGGUGCUGGGGGCAGCGCUGGGAGAAGGGCUCCCCCCCGCACCGGGACCCCCUGCAGGUCGGUCACAGCCCCGGGGGACGCACCGAAAGCACUGGAGGGGCGGCUGGGGGCACUGGGCGAGACUCAGGAGCUGGCAGUGUGCGUGUGUGUGCGCACGCACGUGUGAGCGUGUGGCACGGGGACCGACCGGGACCUCGCCCCGACCUCCGCCUGCAUUUUUAGGUGCCGCUGUUCCUGCCUCUGAAGGGGGUGCCCAGCCCAAACCACUUGGGGAGCGCCCCCCAACCAAAGUGCCUUCCCUUGGGAACUUAAAACCUGUCUCUUCCAAGAUAUUUUAUUAAGAAUGUUAUACAAAUGUUUAAGAUAUGCUUAUAAUAAUUAAUAAAAGAACUAAAGCUUUA